AUGCGCGCUCCCUUUGUCCCACCUCCUGGCCGGCCCGCUCAUUGGGAGGAGGGAGCGCGCUUCGGAGAGAACGCGCCGCAGCCGUGCGUAUGUGCUCCGGGUGGAAACUGGAGCCGGCGGCGGCGGCGUUCCGGGGGCGGAGAGGAAGGGGGAGGCGGGAAGGCUGCGCGCCGCCCGCUCCUCCCCACCCCCCGCCUCGGCCCUGAAGGGGCUGGAUGGGCGAGUUGGGCGCGAUGGCUCGAUCCUGGGCGGCGGCGGCGGCGGCGGCGGCUGGAGGCGGUGGCGCGUCCUCCUCCUUGCCCCGGCGCCGGCGGUGAUCCGAGCGAGUGGCCGCGGCCCCCGAUGAGACUGCUCGCGGGCUGGCUGUGUCUGAGCCUGGCGUCCGUGUGGCUGGCGCGGAGGAUGUGGACCCUGCGGAGCCCGCUCACCCGCUCCCUGUACGUGAACAUGACGAGUGGCCCCGGCGGGCCGGCGGCGGCCGCCGCGGGCGGCAGGAAGGAGAACCACCAGUGGUAUGCGUGCAACAGAGAGAAAUUAUGCGAAUCACUCCAGGCUGUCUUUGUUCAGAGUUACCUUGAUCAAGGAACACAGAUCUUCUUAAACAACAGCAUUGAGAAAUCGGGCUGGCUAUUUAUCCAAUUAUAUCACUCUUUUGUGUCAUCUGUUUUUAGCCUGUUUAUGUCUAGAACAUCUAUCAAUGGGUUGCUAGGAAGAGGCUCAAUGUUUGUCUUUUCACCAGAUCAGUUUCAGAGACUGCUUAAAAUUAAUCCAGACUGGAAAACGCAUAGACUUCUUGAUUUAGGUGCUGGAGAUGGAGAAGUCACAAAAAUAAUGAGCCCUCAUUUUGAAGAAAUUUAUGCCACUGAGCUGUCUGAAACUAUGAUAUGGCAACUUCAGAAGAAGAAAUACAGAGUGCUUGGUAUAAAUGAAUGGCAGAAUACAGGGUUCCAGUAUGAUGUCAUCAGCUGCUUGAAUUUGCUGGACCGCUGUGAUCAGCCCCUGACUUUGUUAAAAGAUAUCAGAAGUGUCUUGGAGCCAACCAGAGGCAGGGUCGUCCUUGCUCUGGUCUUACCUUUUCAUCCCUAUGUGGAAAACGUAGGUGGCAAGUGGGAUAAACCAUCAGAAAUUUUGGAAAUCAAGGGACAGAAUUGGGAAGAACAAGUGAAUAGUCUGCCUGAAGUUUUCAGAAAAGCUGGUUUUGUUAUCGAAGCUUUCACUAGACUGCCAUACCUGUGUGAAGGUGACAUGUACAAUGACUACUACGUUCUGGAUGACGCUGUCUUUGUUCUCAAACCAGUAUAAACACGCGGAGGUUGAAGUCUUCCCAGUCCACCCCAGGAAUGUAUGCUCCGGAAGAGGGUCUGCGUUCUCAGUUACGUGAAGGGAGGACCUUUGGGGACUGCCAUUCUAAAUAUCAUGUAGGAAUUUUAAAAGCCAAAAUACUAAUUAUUUCUUUGUAGUGUGUAAAAGGAAUGUUUUUAAAAAACAAAAACCCAACUCUUUGAGGAUUUUUAUUAACUCUUUACUCAGUAAUGCAGGCCACACUCCGAUUAUGGAAGAUAUUUUUUAUACUUAAUUGCAGUAGGGACUCAUUCCCAGGCAAAGCAAUAGUCAUGACUUCACAUGGAACCCAUAAAUAUGGAUUGUUUUUAAUAAAAUGAAGACUGGCAAUAAAACUGUCCAUCCAGUUGCAAAUACUGGUUAUAGGAUAUAGCCACUGAUACUCUUUCAUGUUUAGAAAUUCUAUCAUUAUUCAAGAAAAUGUUUUUAAUCAUGCUAAUAAACUUUUUUGGAGAUGACUUUGGCAUCAUGUUUGAGUUAAUAUAAGGCUUCCCUAGCAUCUUUCAUUGCUUUGGCUUCAGGGCUACCCAAAUAGUAGCAGUAUGUGAAGGAUGCAGUCGACUUGAAUGUGUGGUGAAGGAAGGCUUGAGACGGGGGCGGGGUGGUUACUGCAAGGUGUGGUGAACACAGGAACCCAGACGAACCCACAGAAGAACAACCUCAUUCAGAUACAGUACUUCGGGGACCACUCUCACUCCCUAACUCAUGUUGUUUUCGGAAAUACGGAACACUGGGUUCUGACUUUGUGGUAGCUUGUGUCCUACAUUCAGAAUUUUGUUUUUUCUGGACAGUCUCAGGUUCUCAGCAUUGAAACAUUCAGUUUUGUCUUCUGACAAAAAUGCAACCUAAAAAUGUUUUAAUUCAGCUUCUUACUCUGUACUUGUAUACCUCUUUCCCAGAACUCGGCUCUUUCGAAAUCCUUAACUGAGUUUAUCGAAAUCCUUAACUGAGUUUAGAGUUUGCCAAGAGUAUGGUUUGAGGAAACCAUGUCAGACUCAUGCAUUCUAGAAUCAGCAAGUGCCUCCAACUAUAUAUCCAGAAAUGUUGCAACGAGGAACUCAUUAGCAAGAUGAAUAACCGUUAUGCAUGUUACAAAGAGCAGAGCACUUAACCCGGAAUCUAAAAUCUCAGUAAUAACAGAGAUGCCAAUUUGAGAUCGUGGCUAUUAACAGUAUGUUAUUCUCACAACUUUAUUUCUUUUGUCAGCCAGGUGUUUCAUUGAAUAUUCUCAGUUAUAUGCUCAUAGAAGUUAUCAGAUCAACACAUUUACUGCAACACCUGGGUAUAAAGGAGAAUUAAAUCCUUGAGAAGAAUGACUUUAUUAUUCAUUGAGAACAGCAUUCCCACGUCCUCACACCAAUAUCUUCCACUGUUAUUGUGUAGUCAUAAGAGUUGGGUUAUGUGAUUUAUGCAAAAGUGUUAUUGGUGUGUUCUAAUGCUUUUUUCCAGGAAUUCAAAUAAGUGAAGUGCAAAUACUUAGCACCUUAGAUUGUAAAAAUAGAGGAAAUGAGUAAACUUAAUGUAGUUCUUGUGUAGUUGAGUUUUGCUUCUUUAUAAACUGUCAUCAUCAGGGGUUGCUAUUUAGACUGCCGAACAAGAGUGCAAGAGUGACGGAUGUUCAAAGAGGCAGGCUGCUCCAAAGUGUUUCAUAACCUUGAAAUCCAGAAUUAAUUUGAGAGCCUAUUUGAAAAACACACACCUCAUUCUUUAGCCCCCAAAUCAGAGAAAGCACAUACAUUAAUUUAUUUCAAAGGUAAAAAUACUUUCUUAAAAUCUGAGGUUCUCUGAAAGCCAGCUUCUCAAAAGUGCCGGUUUUUUUGGUGAAAAUUUAAACCAGCAAAUCCCCUCACAUUUCAUGCCUUGUCUUGAAAGUCUUGAUGGUGUGUCACCAUUCCACUAGAUGGCAGUGUUGCUUACUGAGUGUCAAUGGCUGUUUUUUUCCCCUAAAUGGAGUCAUGUUUUUUCUUUUUUCUCCCCAAAGUACAAUAAACUGCCUUCUUGUCUACACCA